GGCAGGAAAUGGUUAAGAGCCCUUCAUAUCACCUGGGAAAGCGAUUCUUUGAUUUUUCAGAGGGCGCUAACAUGCUGCAGUUCAUGGGGAACAAAGGGAAGGAGAUCAACUAUAAAAGUUGCUCUUGGAUUUUAUUUUCCGUGGCAGAACGUGUGAGGGCUGGACAUUGAUGUCUGCUGAAAAAAUAAGAGUUUUUGGAUUUAAAAGAUUUUUUUUUUUCUUCUUAUCUUCAUUCAGAAAAUGAUCUGUGAAGUAACUCUGAUUCCAACCGGUGACUUUAGAUAACUUCUUUUGAUUGAGAGAUUACUUUCUAGCCCUUGGCGCUCUGCUUUGGAUUCUCUCCAGUCAUCCCAUUACCUAUCUUGAAUUGUGUUACCUCAAACUGGACACAAGACUUCAGCAGAAGCUUUACCAGCCCCAACUGGAGGGAGAGGACACCUCAGCUGGUCUCAGUGGUGUCAGAAAGAUGAAUUUCCUCCUGAGCUUCUUAUUCCCACUCUGAGUUGCCUCAAGUACUCGUUCUCAAGUCUGGCUGAUGUCCGUGUGAUUUGGCACCUGAUUUAUCUGUUCUCUGUCUCGGCUUCCUUACAAGACAAAAAUAAAAACUUCUGCAUAUAAUUUACCUCCUAUUUAGCCAUCUGAAAUUUUUGGAUGAGGGGCACAUGUAAAAGUUUCACUAGAAGAGAAUGCUGAAUUGCCUGGACACAGGUGAUUGUAUGGAGCACGAGGGCUGGAUUGGAGGUUCCCUAGGUGUCCUCUGCUGUAGGGAGAGGCAGUCCCCUGCAUCUUGCAAUGUGUGGCUGUCCUCAUAAACUGAAAAAUAUGUCUAUCCGAGGCCUGAAGAAGAAGCAACCAAAGACAUUUAAAGUCAAAAUUAUAACAGUGGAUGCUGAAAUGGAAUUCAGCUGUGAGAUGAAGUGGAAGGGAAAGGACUUGUUUGACUUGGUGUGCCGAGCACUUGGUUUAAGGGAGACCUGGUUCUUUGGCUUGCAGUAUACAAUGAAGGGAAUGUGCACCUGGUUAAAGAUGGACAAAAAGCAGGUUUUAGAUCAAGAAAUCCCCAAAGAAGAUCCCAUUAGCUUUCAUUUUUUGGCUAAAUUCUACCCAGAGAAGGUAGAAGAGGAACUAUUGCAGGAAAUUACCCAGCAUUUGUUCUUCCUUCAGGUUAAGAAACAGAUACUGGAUGAAGAGAUCUAUUGCUCUCCAGAGGCAACAGUUUUACUGGCUUCUUAUGCUGUUCAGGCCAAGUAUGGUGACUACGACCCGAACUUUCAUGAGCCUGGCUUUCUAGCCCAUGAUGAGCUUUUACCCAAACGGGUCCUCAGGCAGUAUCAGUUGACAGCAGAGAUGUGGGAAGAAAAGAUUACUGCUUGGUAUGCUGAGCACAGGGGUAUUGCUAGGGAUGAAGCUGAGAUGAACUACCUGAAAAUUGCCCAAGACUUGGAAAUGUAUGGUGUCAAUUAUUUUCCCAUAGCUCAAAAUAAAAAUCAUACAGAUCUCUUACUUGGAGUUGAUGCCAAAGGUAUUCAUAUCUACAGCAUUAAUAACAGGUUCUCUCCAAAUAAGUCAUUUGAGUGGAGUGCUAUCAGAAACAUUUCCUAUAGUGAGAAGGAGUUAACUAUUAAACCUCUUGACAAAAAAGCAGAAGUCUUCAAGUUUUUUUCCUCUCAGCUAAAAGUAAACAAAUUGAUUUUGCAGUUGUGCAUUGGAAACCACGACCUGUUUAUGAGGAGAAGAAAAGUGGACUCAAUAGAGAUCCAGCAAAUGAAAGCACAAGCUAGGGAAGAAAAGGCUAGAAAAAAGAUGGAGAAUCAAAGGCUGGCCAGAGAGAAGCAGCUCCGAGAAGAAGCUGAGCGAGCCAAAGAAGAGCUGGAAAGGCGUCUCUUCCAGCUGGAAGAUGAAGCCAGGCAGGCCAAUGAGGCCCUGCUCCGAUCCCAGGAAGCGGCAGAGCUGCUGGCAGAGAAAGCUCAGAUUGCGGAAGAAGAGGCUAAACUGCUGGCCCAGAAUGCUGCUGAAGCAGAGCAAGAGCGACAGAGGCUGGAGAUAACAGCUCUGAAAACCAAGGAGGAGAAACGCCUGAUGGAGCAAAAGAUGCGGGAGGCAGAGCUGAUAGCAGUGAAGCUGGUGAAGGAGUCUGACCGGAGAGCCAAGGAAGCAGAGCAUCUGAAACAAGAUCUGCAUGAAGCCAGGGAGGCUGAACGGAAAGCCAAGCAGAAGCUAUUAGACAUAACCAGGCUUAAUUAUCCUCACAUGGUCAAGUACCCGCAAUAUUUGCCAACGGACAGUAGAGAUGCCAACUUUGACAAAGGGUCCAUCAAGCUGGAUUUGAAGGAUGUUGACCUGAAGAGACUCUCCUUUGAGAUAGAGCGAGAGAGACUAGAUUACUUAGAAAAGAGCAAAAAAUUUGAAGAUCGACUGAAAGAACUGAAGUCUGAAAUUCAUGCUUUGAAGCUAGAAGAAAAACAGUCUGGGCUUUACUCUCAUUGGACUGAAGUACUGGGAUCCUUGGAUCGCUCCUUAGGAAAUACCCCGUCAUGGAUGAAAACCUUCGAAACUGGAGAUUCAUUGGAUAUAAAUCUUCAAAGACCUUUCCCUGCUUACUCAUUAAAUACUACAAGCAGCUGGCCUUGUACCAACAAAAUUCAGCAUGCAGUGCCAGUGGAAAAGUCAUCUUUUCAAACAAAUUCUUUGGUUGCCAAUAGUGUAGGCACAGGAUCCAGAAAACAGAUUAUAAAGGUUCAACAGCAUGACUCGGAUGUGAUCUACAUUUGAAGAGUCUCGUUUCCUUACCAGACAGGUAGAACCUGAUUGCUGUCUGUUUGGCUGCUGCAAAAUGCACCUAUGGGAAGACAUUCGUGCAGCUCUGUCUCCUGACAGUCAUCGGCAUAAAGACGUGGUUCUAUCGUUAUUGGUGCCAUUCGGUUUCCAGGCAGGCAACAUAAGCUGGGAGCAUUAAAACUGCCGGUGUAAAAAGGCUAGUGUCUUUGGGUCCAACGGUAAACAUACAAACCCAAAGGAGCAUUGUUUACUUUUUAUGCACUUUUGAAAAAAACACUUUACACUUCACUAAACCUUCCCCCCCGGGUAUUUUUACACACUGACUUACCAGCACGGUACUCUUUGUGUGUAGAAAGGAUGCCAGGCAGCAAGUGUCUCGGAGAUGUUUGGGAUGAGGAGAAAAAAAAUAAAGUGUACGUGACCUUAGUGUUUACCUCCACAACAGACUAAUUCUGGUUUUGGUCCUGUCCAUAGGGCAUGACUCUCACAGAGCUGUUCAACUUUUAGUGUUUGCCUGCCAAAUAUUUUCCUUUUCCUCCCAAAAUGUUUCUCUGUUCACUUAAUUGAUUUGCAUUUCUCUGUGAGAAAUCUCAGUUUGUAAUUCCAGAUGUAGAAUUGGACAUCUUCAAAUACCUCUCAUUCCUGGGGGAAUCCUUUGUUUGGAAUGCAAAGCUUCUGUUCUCUCUACAGUUUCUGACUAGAUCAAGCACUUUUUGUUGCUUGCCGCUCCAGCAAACUUUGCAUACAUUAACUUGUUUCCCAAUUCUCUGUAACACAGCUUCCAAAUUAGACAAAGACAAAAGAUGUUAUUGGUGUCUGCUAAAGUUGGACUUGCUUCUGAUGGAGAGGUGUGUGCAGCAAAAUGUCUGCCUCAUUAGUAAAAUCUACUUGCGUUUUCUAGUUUUGUGUGUGUUUAAGUGCCUGUUUGACCAAUAAAUCUUCAGUCUGAGGAUUUCUGGGGAAGCGGAGACAAUACGCAGCUGUAGCUAAAGUAGUAGCACAGUUGAGCAUGUGAAAUGUGAUGUAAAAAAUGGAUGUUAAUGUUGUUAAAUAUCUAGUUCUAAAAGCUAAGAAUAAAAAAUACAUUCAAUAAAAAGCUUGAAUUUUCACUUGCUAG